AACACAAGCAUUCCACAGUCGGUCGAAGCUCGCUCGCCAUUAGCGCUGUCCGCCCUCGUCAACCCUGUGCCCAGCAAGCAUUCAAAAAGGUACAUACAUCGUUAUUGAGGACAGUGCUUGGAAUGGCUUUGUUUGUUUUCACUGGUUCCUUCAUUCAUGUUGAUCAGCCCCAGCUUGGAUUUCUGCCCCAUUCUGGUCCCAUUCACUCAUGUGAUAGUACCAACAACCUGCAUACGUACAGGGGACCUCAAAGACAAAGUCAACUUUCAUUUUCACAUUCAUCAGGAAUAGUGCCUCUUGUUGCUGUUCACAGAAAGCGUCGAUCAUCUCUUGCUCCAACUGCUGCUGUACGCCAUUUGACUGGUUCAGUGACAAGAACCCAAGGACUUCGUUUUGCUGUGGUUGUUGCCCGGUUUAAUGAAAUUGUCACUAAGCAGCUCUUGGAGGGAGCUCUGAAUACUUUCAAGAACUAUUCGGUUGAAGAUGAGGAUAUUGAUGUUGUGUGGGUUCCAGGUUGUUUUGAGAUUGGUGUUGUUGCAGAAAGACUGGGUAAAUCACAGAAAUAUAAUGCAAUCUUAUGCAUAGGAGCUGUGGUAAGAGGUGAUACUACCCACUAUGACGCAGUUGCAAAUUCGGCAGCAUCUGGUGUGCUUUCAGCUGGUCUACAUUCAGGAGUUCCUUGCAUAUUUGGUGUCCUGACCUGUGACGAUAUGGAUCAAGCUCUAAAUCGAGCUGGUGGUAAAUCUGGAAAUAAGGGAGCAGAGGCUGCAUUGACAGCUAUUGAGAUGGCUUCUUUGAUGGAGCACCAUUUGAAGUAGUGCUUGCACCAUCCAGACAACACGUUGAAAGAAUUUCUGUAAGCUCAGGGACAGCGAAUGAAAUAUCUGUAAGUUAAAUGAUCGUUUUAACAAUAAAGGAAACCAUCUGGGCAUGGUUGUGGAAUAGUGAGAAAUGAAAUGGGCUAGUUUAAAGCCCUGCAGAAUAUUUUCAGGAGUGGUUUUUUUUGUUUAUUUUCAACAAUCGAACUUUUCUUUUGGUUAUUUUGUUGCAUCUUCCCCUUUUUAUGUCACGCUAAGAUGGGAUAUUUUUUCCUGUGCAAUGGAAGGAAUUUGAGAAA